GGUUGUUGACAUUUCCAGCUAGCCUUUAGCUAGGCGGCAUGCCAUCUCAUUGACAUCGUUUUACCAACGCGUUCGUCCAUCAUGAGUUAUCCAGAGGACAGGCACGGGACCAAGCGGCCCGCGUCUCCGAGUGACGACGGGACCAGCUGGGCCGCGGCGGACCUGGGAAGCAACGAGAGGAAGCAGAAGUUCCUGCGCCUGAUGGGCGGUCUGAAGAAGGAACCCACGGGACGCCUCGUCAUCGGGGACCACAAGUCCACGUCCCACGUCCGCAGCGGGAAUGAAGACAAGAGGAUGAACGAGCAGCUGGAGAUGCAGUACCAGCAGAGCAUGGACGGGAAGCUGUCGGGCCGCAACCGGAGACACUGUGGCCUGGGCUUCAAUGAGCCGUCCCCCGAGCGAGAGUCGCCGCCGGCGGACAACCUGUUAAAGGCGCCGGAGAAGUCCUCCGGCGAAGAGGAUCCGGCGAAGUCCCGGGACAAAGACCCAAAGACACAGAACUCGGAUGAGUCCGGCUCGGACAGUCCAGACGAAGAGCGGGAACAAGACGAUGAUGAAGAUGAUGGUGACGCGGCCGCGGGGAAGUCGGCGUAGGGCGGCGACGGAGGAACUACUUUUUUUGUUUUGUUGUAAUCUCCGAUUUGUACAUUUGGACGUUGUUUGUUUGCCUGUCGGCCGUCAGCCGGGUCCUCUUCACCGCGGGGGGGCGGGGUCUCGCGGGGAGGCGGGGUCUCGCCGGAGGGCCCGCGGUUCAGAGAGAAGUCUGCAGGCGCGGAAAGAAAAGGAAGAAAAGAAAGAAAGCUCCACUUCCGGUUGAGUCAAACGGUCCCAUUUUUACUCAUUUGAACAUUUUAACCGUGGCCGCUCCGCGGUUCACGCCGGAUGAAGCCGCUCGCCGCUCGCCACGCGGUCGGUACACACAUUGGAUAUUUUGUGAAUUCUUGUUUUGAAACCCAAUAAAAACAAAAAGCAGCGUG